AUGAAGCUCUCUAUGUGUUUGAUCUCAACCGUUCUCCUCAUGUUGAUGAUAAUCGUCGCCACAGGGAUGGGUCCAGUCACAGUUGAAGCACGUACUUGUGAGUCACAGAGCCAUAGGUUCAAGGGUACAUGCGUGAGCGGAACCAACUGCGCAAACGUGUGCCACAACGAAGGCUUUGGAGGAGGUAGAUGCCGUGGAUUCCGUCGUCGUUGCUACUGCACCAGACAUUGCUGA